CUACAUUAUAAAAAUUAGCCAUUGAAUUCGAUUUGACUAAUUAUACAUAAUAAAAAUGACACACAGUUUCUUGGAAAAUUCCUUCUUUCCUUAAUACGGUCCCUCAAAGGCAUAUUUUCCCCAAUUAUCUCUCAAUUUUCAAGACAAUUGAUAAAAAAAAUCUUACGUAAUUUAAUUCAUCUUCUUCAAAGAGACAAAGACUUCGCGUUUUUGCUAGUUUCUUUUACUAAUAAUAAUUAUUUUUCUUCUUCCUCUUUUAUUUUACUUUUGGGUCUUGUAUGUGUAAAUCAGAGUCUUGGAGUUUUGCAAGGAAACAGUAAACGAUAAUACGGGACAGAUACUUUUGGUUUCAAAUCUCUGCAGUUAGAAAAAAGGAGUCUUUGUUUGCUCACCAAUGAUGGGAUCUGUAGAAGAAAAAGUAGACAUUGAAUUGGAUGAGGAGACCCCGUUUAGUGGGUCCCAGAUAACGAACAAAAUGCAACCAUUAAAUUUCGAAUCAUCUAACAUCUUGUUGAAUCGAAGAUUUUCAGCAUCUUGGGUAUUAAGAAAGGUGCACCGUAACAGUAUAUUGAGAAGUAUAUACAUUGUACUGAUUAAAGCCAAGAUUAAUGUUUUGCUGCCGUUCGGGCCGCUUGCGAUUAUGCUACACUAUCUCACUGAUUUACAUGGAUGGGUUUUUUUCUUCAGCCUACUCGGCAUUACUCCACUGGCCGAGCGAUUGGGUUAUGCUACCGAGCAACUAGCGUGUUAUACAGGCCCGACUGUUGGUGGCCUUCUUAAUGCUACAUUCGGCAAUGCCACUGAGAUGAUAAUUUCAAUGUACGCAUUGAAAAACGGAAUGAUUAGAGUUGUUAAGCAAUCUUUGCUCGGUUCCAUUUUGUCUAACAUGCUUUUAGUGCUUGGAUGCGCCUUUUUCUGUGGCGGGAUUGUUCACCAUCACAAAGUACAGAUUUUCAAUAAGGCCACUGCCCUUGUGAAUUCAGGAUUGUUGUUGAUGGCUGUCAUGGGAAUCUUGUUUCCAGCUGUGCUGCACUUCACUCAUACGGAGGUUCACAAGGGCAAAUCGGAGAUUGCCCUCUCGCGAGUUAGCAGCUGCAUAAUGCUGAUAGCUUAUGCUAGCUACCUUUUCUUUCAGCUAAAGAGUCAACAAAAGCUGUAUAGUUCUCUUGACGAGACAAAUGAGAAUAACGAUGAAGGUUCGGAUGAAGAUGAAGUGCCCGAGAUUACACACUGGGAAGCAAUUGCUUGGCUUUCAAUCUUGACUUUGUGGAUAUCCAUUCUAUCUGGAUAUCUUGUUGAUGCAAUUCAGGUAAUUAAUCAUAUUAAUACCUGCAAAUAUUUAUCGUAA